UUUUCUUAGCCUCUUGUCUCCUAUAAAACCACCUAAAUGUUUCCAUGUUUAUGUAUCCCAAAGCUCGAGAUAAACAUAAGAAAAUUAUCUUAAAAAAACUCCAAAGAAAUCAAAGUAGAAGAGAUGAUGAAGUUCAAGUCCAAGAGGUUUGGGAUUCGAUUUGGUUUUGGUAAAAGAACCAACAACAAAGGCACACAACAAGAUCAACAACAAAAGGGAUCUAGUAAUAACAACAACAAUAUUAGCUCCUGCAAUAAUGAGAUUAAAUGGGAACUUAGGCCAGGAGGCAUGCUUGUUCAGAAAAGACAAGAGAGCAUUGGUGAAGACUUGAUCUCCAUUAGAGUCUCUACUUUUGCUAAUUUUCAUGAUCUCUCCAUUGAAGCUACCUCCACUUUUGGAGAACUUAAGAUGGUGCUAUCACUGCUUACCGGUUUAGAACCAAAACAGCAACGUCUACUAUUCAAAGGGAAAGAGAGAGAGGAUGAUGAAUAUCUACACAUGGUUGGUGUUGGAGAAAAAGACAAAGUGUUGUUACUAGAAGAUCCUGCAUUCAGAGAGAAAAAGCUUCUUGAUCUUAACAACAUUUCCGCUUCUUGUCCCACUAUAAUCGUAUAAACAGCUAAACCAGUUUCUUAAAUUAGUUGCGUGUUAACUUCUUGGUAAAGUAUAAGAUCAGCCAAGAAUAGUUACUUGAUAGGAUUGUCAUGCAUGAUGCAUACAGAUUAUAUAAAUCUCAUGUAGUCACUCUAUUUCAAAGUUGUAAAAUUAAUGUUUACAUGUUGUAAUAUAGUUUAAAAAAAAUGUCGUAAUAUAGUUGUCAAUGUUUUUAUACUUUUAA